AUGGUGGCCCUCCUCUGCAUCUCCGCCGCACUGCUGGCCUUAGGCUACCUAAUCUACCUUCGCCUACACCCCCGUCCCUUGCCAGGAAUCCCCUACCACCUCGCCUCAGCGCAGCGCAUCUCGGGCGACAAACCCGACAUUCUGGCCUCGUUCCGCGAACUCGGCGAGUUCAGCCCCCAUCGCAACGCCAGUUGUCGCAAGCUCGGUUUCCCCUUGAUUCAGUACUUCUUCUCCCCCGUCCUGCCACCGGGCCUAUGGCUUGACGACCCACGAGAGGUGGAGGAUAUUCUUCUAAGAAGGAACAAGGAGUUCGACCGGUCGACGACGACGAGCAUCAUCAUUGGUACCAUUAUGCCGCACUCGAGCAUCGUCAAGAUGACGACGCCGGCGUGGCGGGCGCAGAGGAAGAUGUGGGCGAAGGCGGCUAAGGUGGACGAGGAGGAGGUGGAUAUUUCGCAUGAUUUCGACACGGCGGCCCUAGACGCCAUCUGGGUUGCGAUUCUCGGCGAGAAAUUGGGUGGGCUGCGAGACCAGACGAGUAUAUUCCAGGGGAUCGGCAGGACCCAGGCAAAACAUGAGAAAAACGAAAAGGCGAGUGGACUCGACAUGUCGAACGCCCUCAAAUUCCUCAACCAAGUCGCUCUCGGCUGGCGAACCUUCAAGUUCCCAUCGCUGCAGCUAUGGCUCCUAAAGCGCGGCGCCGAAUACCGCAAGUUCGACGGCAUUAAGAACCAGCAAAUCGAGCGAAUCAUUCGGAGUUCCAUCAAUAAGUUCCAAGGCGCUAUCGAAAGCGGCGUCGAAACCCCUGACAGCUGUGCUAUGGACCUCGUUCUCCGCCGCGAAGUUCAAGCAGCCCAUAAAGCCGGGAUUCCGUUGCCCGACUUGGCCAAGGACACCGAGCUCCGCGACGAACUCUUCCUCUUGCUUUGGGCAGGUCACGACACCACGUCCAACACGCUGUUGUGGUGGAUGAAGUAUAUGUCCCGCUCGCAAAAAGCACAGUCGAAUCUCCGCGCCGCACUGCGGGAAGCGUUCCCAGGACACGAACUUCCGACCGUCAAUGAGAUCCUCGAGUCUGACAUCCCUUACCUCGACGGCUCUAUCGAGGAAGCCCUGCGUCUGGCCGCCACGGCCUUGACCGCCCGCCGAGCCACUGUCGAUACCGAGAUCCUGGGUUGCAAGAUCCCCAAGGGAACCAACGUCGUCUUCAACAGUACCGUGCACCACCGGCCCGUCCCCGUGCCAGAGGAAAUACGCAGCGCCACAAGUCGUACCGCGUACGAGAAACGUGGGCGACCUGGCUUGGACGGUCCCGCAGGUGACGAUCUGCAAGAUUUUGUCCCCGAGCGCUGGCUCAUCAGGGGCGAGGACGGCAAGCUGACACUUGACGCUUAUGCUAUCCCGCGGCUGGCAUUUGGAGACGGUCCCAGAGGGUGCUUUGGUCGUAAAUUAGCUAUGCAUGAGUUGCGGAUCAUGAUUACGCUCACUAUGCUCAGCUUCAGCAUAUUGUCCUUGUCCAACUUGCCCAAGGACCACGAUAACAUGCUAGCGUGGGAGACGAUGUUCCGCAAGCCGCGCGAGUGCUAUGCUAAAUUCGUGUUGCUGUAA